CGCAUAAAACCAUUCCUUCCAAUUCCCAUUCCCAUUCGGAGCACACAACUUUGGGAACGUGUCACACAAUUCUCGCCUUCUACGAAUAUGGCAUCGCGCGUCAGCAUUAACAACAUCGCCUCCUCCGCACCGUAUAUUAAUUCCCCUCAUUUUCGGCCACCCCCUAAUAUUCCCAACUCUUCACUGCAAAACGCUGCGCAUAAGCUCAUGCUCCACAAAACCGUCCUUGUUACCGGCGGAGCCGGUUACAUCGGUACCCACACCGUUCUUCAGCUUUUGCUCGGAGGCUUCAGAACCGUCGUCGUCGACAACCUCGACAAUUCCUCCGAGCUUGCCAUCCGCAGAGUCAGGGAGCUCGCCGGUGAAUUUGGGAAUAACCUCUCCUUUCACAAGGUGGACCUACGGGACAGAGAUGCACUAGAGCAAAUUUUUGGUUCGACACAGUUUGAUGCUGUCAUUCACUUUGCUGGACUGAAAGCAGUAGGAGAAAGUGUGCAAAAACCUUUACUAUACUACAAUAAUAACUUGACUGGGACAAUCACUCUAUUGGAAGUCAUGGCUGCCCAUGGCUGCAAGAAGCUUGUGUUCUCGUCUUCAGCUACUGUAUAUGGUUGGCCAAAGGAGGUUCCAUGCACAGAAGAGUUCCCUCUGUCAGCAAUGAACCCAUAUGGACGAACCAAGCUUAUCAUUGAGGAAAUUUGUCGUGAUGUCCACAGUGCAGAGUCAGAUUGGAAAAUAAUAUUAUUAAGAUACUUCAACCCAGUUGGUGCACACCCUAGUGGUUAUAUCGGGGAGGAUCCUCGUGGAAUUCCUAAUAAUCUCAUGCCAUUUGUUCAGCAAGUAGCAGUUGGCAGACGGCCUGCACUGACAGUUUUUGGAAAUGAUUAUAAUACAACUGAUGGCACCGGGGUUCGGGAUUACAUUCAUGUAGUUGAUUUAGCAGAUGGACACAUUGCUGCAUUGCUUAAACUAGAUGAACCUAAUAUAGGUUGUGAGGUUUAUAACCUGGGAACAGGAAAGGGAACAUCAGUUCUGGAGAUGGUUAGAUCUUUUGAAAAGGCAUCCGGAAAGAAAAUUCCACUUGUAAUGGCUGGCCGUAGACCUGGUGAUGCUGAAAUAGUUUAUGCAUCGACAAAGAAAGCGGAAAGAGAGCUUAAAUGGAAGGCAAAAUAUGGCAUUGAUGAGAUGUGCCGUGAUCAAUGGAAUUGGGCUAGCAAAAACCCUUAUGGCUAUGGAGAUCAGGAAUCCACCGACUAACUAUUAAAUUAAAUACACUAUACAAUGCUCUCUUUGGGGUUCUUUCUGAACUCUGCUACACCUAGGUCUUGUGAAUUUAGUUUCCCCAAAAGUCUUUAGAGAUUUUCAGGUGACGAAGUACUUGUAUUAUUAUGAUUUAUAGUUACAUGGUAAAUAAGUAGUGGUUUACUAUACUGUAAUUUAAUUUAAAGGUUCUCUAGGUUCCUUGUUAUAGGUUAUUGGUUAUUAGAUUCGGAUUCUCUCAUGUUUCUCAUGAGCAGCGUCCUGUUUUGUAAAUCUUAAAGCACAUGUUUGUUUAAAGUGUGACUAACAUGUAUUCUUACCUCAUUAUUCAGAUUAUAAUUUAAUUGUUAGCUUUAGCAA